CUCGGUACCACUUACAAUCUGUCUUACCACAUAGACAGGAUUUUGAUCCAAAGUCAGGAGCUUCUCUCUGACUCUCCUUCCAUUUGUUGACAUACCAUGGGAUGAGAUUGUCAUUCUUCCAUCAGCAAUUUUUUUUACCCCAUCUGAUUUGGAAUAUGAUGGCAAAACUCGCUGCACACUUUUCCUCUCAUCUCCCUGGGGGAUUACCGCAGGAAUAGAGCGUGUGUGUCUGUGAGCUUGUGUUUGUGUCUGCUUCUGAUGGUGUCGAGUGGAGCAGCACGAGUGGAUCACCAUGAGAGGGGGUCACCACCAGCGAGGCUGUGGGUGUCGGCAUCUGUUCAGAAAACUUCUCAGUAAAUGUGACUGCUGCUCUGUCAGAAGUAGAGCUGAGUCGUACUCUGUAGCAGGCAGUGAAGGCAGCAUUGCUCCGUCUGUGGGAUCUCUGACCCACCAGGCUUCAUGCAGCAUCAGCCCCUGCUCACACUCCUCGUCCGGAGCAUCCCGGCACCCCGUCAGCGCCCUGAAAAAAUGGCUCACCAAUCCAGUCCGGAAGCUGAGCUCUGAACCCACGGGUGGAACGGGGAAAGCUGAGAAGCAGACGUUCAAGGCAGAGGGAAAGCAAAAGCCUUUUUUGCACAGUGAAGCUCGGCAAAGUUCUCUUGAAAUGCACAAUAACUACACCAUCCUGUCCUCUGAAAACAUGGAGGGGAAAAGUCCUACAGCUGUGUCUCCUUCCCUGUUGUCUCGUCAGAGCUAUUUAUGUGACCUUCUGGAUGACUCAAAGAGCCCAAGUCAAACAUCCGACGUCAAAACUCUGCAGGUGGAGGACAGCUGUGCUGUGGCUGAAGACUCACCAUGUCUAUCAUCUGCUGCAGUGGACAGCGAGGAAGAGAGAAAUCUCGCUUUGGAGAAGAGCUUAUAUGUACUGACGGAGCUGAUACAGACAGAGAGGCUAUAUGUUGAAGAUCUUGGACUCAUAGUUCAGGGCUACAUGACCAUGAUGGCCAGUCAGGGUGUUCCAGAGGACAUGAGAGGCAAGGACAGGAUUGUCUUCGGAAACAUCCACCAGAUCUACGACUGGCACAAGGACUAUUUCCUGGGAGAGCUGGAGAAAUGUGUUAGCGAUCCAGACAGCCUGGCCCAGCUCUUUAUUAAACAUGCUCUGACUGUGUUAAACCUGCAGGAGCGGCGUCUUCACAUGUACGUGGUUUACUGCCAAAACAAACCCAAGUCGGAACAUAUUGUCUCAGAGUACAUUGAGACCUACUUUGAGUUUCUUCGGCAGCAGCUGGGUCACAGGCUGCAGCUCAAUGAUCUGCUGAUCAAACCCGUUCAGAGGAUCAUGAAGUAUCAACUGCUGCUAAAGGACUUGUUGAAAUAUUAUAGCAAAGCAGGACGGGAUGUUGAGAAGCUUCAGAAAGCGGUGGAGGUGAUGUGUUUUGUGCCAAAACGCUGUAAUGAUAUGAUGAAUGUGGGAAGGCUACAGGGUUUUGAGGGGAAGAUUACAGCCCAGGGGAAGCUGCUCCAGCAGGAUACUUUCUCUGUCAGCGAGCAGGAAGGCAACCUCGUGUCCAGAGUGAGGGAGAGACGCGUCUUCCUGUUUGAGCAGCUGGUCAUUUUCAGUGAGCCAAUUGAAAAGAAAAAAGGCUUCCCAUUGCCAGGGUACACCUUCAAAAACAGCAUCAAGGUCAGCUGCUUGGGUGUAGAGGGGCCUUCUGAAGAGGAUCCAUGCUGUCUGGUCCUGACCUCUCGCGGGACAGACGGCAGUAUAACUCGCUUCCUCAUGCAUGCCUCAUCUCCUGAAAUACAGCAAGCAUGGCACAAUGACGUGGUCCAGAUUCUAGAGACUCAGAGGAACUUCCUAAAUGCCCUUCAGUCCCCGAUAGAGUACCAGCGCAGGGAAAGCACAACCAAUAGUUUGGGAAGGAGCAUGAAGUCUACAGAUGUGCAACCAACUGACUCCUCAUCACCCAUAGACAGACGUCACCAGCCCUGCCUGCUGUUUUACAACAACUCGCUGCCCUCUCUGCACUCACCACGACUCAGCUCUAUGUCACAGGUCUCAAAUGUGUCAGCUGAAACUCUUCGAGCGUCCCACUCUCCGUUUUGCUCCCACCAGCAGCUCAGAUUGUGCACAGAGGUGAAACAUGACCGCAGCACCUUCAGCACCCUGUCACCCUGCAGCCAUCACCAUUGUAAGGGUGUGAGUGCCAGUUUCCAGACAAUUGCGUUUUGUGAUGGAGCAGCCUAUUCAGCACAUCGUCCAUACAGCCUGGAUCAGCUAAAGGAGAGCGAGCAGCACUGACCAUCAUUUGGACAUAAACUCGUUUCACCUGUCUGCAGUUUGUCAGGACAGGUUCUUACACUUCUGCAAAUUGGACAGCCUGCAAAACCAGCCUGGAGUUGAUCUUAUGAAAUAAUCCAUGUUUGAGUCUGUCUGAGUGUGUGUGCUUUUGCCACAUUUAAACAAACACAGUUUAUCAAAAUAGUAGUAAGGACUGGAAUUAUAAAAAUGUUGUAAAAUGUCACUGCAGAGACUUUCAGGUUCCUUGAUGUUGUACAUGUUUUCUUCUCUUCUGUUUUUCAAUGGCUAUUUUUUAAUGACUUUAACUUGUCUCAAUUGACCAUUUCAAAUUUUAGUCUCCCUCAGAACCAACAUACAAAAUUCCCACACUGCAAUCGCAGCUCCGUGUCACAAAAUGUAACCUAAAGAGCUUGGAGUUACUGUAACCUGUCUCGGAUAAGAUCCAUAUGUGCGUUUCCUGAAGAUUAGCAAACAGCUUUUGUUUUCCAUUCAAUGGACUAUUUUAACCCUCCCACUGUGAGUGUUAUCUGGAAUAAGCACAUUUUGAAACUUUCACAAUGUAUGUGCUGUUAUCAAGCCGAGAAGGAAAAAGGGAACAAAGAUAAAACUGAGGUGACCAUCUGUCACUGUCACUUUUGAUGUUAAUAAUUUGUGUGGGAUCAUAACAGUUUGUAACAGUUUGUUGUGUCCUGAUAAAAAACUAAUAAAACAGAAUAUAACUUCC